AUGCCCGACUCCUUACCUCCCCUCCCCGCCGAGUACGCCCGGGGCCUCGAGCUCAUUGACGCUGCCCACGCCGAGGACCCGAGGACAGCUUCAGGACCCGAUGGAACUACUCUCCCUUACGAGCUUGAUUAUGCCCGAAAGAUGACCAAGUGGCUCGCUCUCCGAUCCCCAUCCGCUAGCCCUGUGCUCCAGCUCGCCUGUCGAGCUCAGCACUUUAGGAGAUGGGAGAUCCCUCGAAGCAGCUAUCCCAUGACCCGUCCGGGUUAUCUCACUUGGCGCGCAAAGCUCAAGACCCAGGCCGCCGUCCAAGUCGCCGAGUUGCUGGCUUCACCAGAAAUCCAACCCCCGAUCCCUGAGGAGGAUCGAGCCCGUGUGGCCGCCCUGAUCCGGAAAGAGAAUCUCAAGUCAGACGAGGAAACUCAGGUCCUCGAGGAUGUGGCCUGCCUGGUCUUCCUUGAUGACCAGUUUGACGACUUUGAGAGCAAGUCGGACCUCGACGAAGACAAGAUGGUUGGCAUUCUUCGCAAGACCUGGGGCAAGAUGGGCGAAAAGGGGCAUCAACUAGCUCUCGAGAUGAACCACAGUGAUCGAGCCAAGGAGCUGAUAGGAAAGGCACUCGCCGGAUGA